CGCAGGCUGAGUCAUUCCUAGGAGUAACUUUAUACCGAUCCUCGCACUCUGGGGUCGGGACAAAGACAUCAUCUCUCCGUUCCUCCCACUCGGUGAGCUUCGUUCGGCCUCGGCCAAACUCCACUCUCCCGUUUCUCGAGUCCAACACAGAAUUAAGGGCUGAUCCCUGGCAGCGAUGAGCACAAGUCAGGAUGUGUCUCGGGAGGUUCGGACGUCCCUCGCCCUUGGCCACUCCGGCAACUAGGCCGGGUGCUGACCCGCAGCGCAGAGAGAGGGAUCCCAAGGCUCCGUCCGAGAAAGCCGCUGGCAGCCCCGUAACGAGAGAGCCCGACCCACACCCCCCGCAGCCUGGUGGAGCAUCGAUUCGAACCGCUUUUGUCUCCAAAGGGGCUCUCGCGCCGGGAAGGCGGCCAGUGGGCAACACCUGCCGGGGCGGGAGGCGCCGGGGCCCUCGGGUGCACACACCUGCGCGUGGGCCGGGCACGGGCCGGCCGGAACCCUGGACCCCGCGACCCCGGCCCACCGUGCCAGGGCCCGCCGCGCGACCGCUGUGCCAGAUGGGGGAAGGGGACGCGGGCGGCGGCGACACUUACCCGGCAGCGCCUCCUCCUUCGCUGGCGGCAGCAGCAGAGCCAGCGACCCCCGGCACCAUCUUCCGCCGCCGCCUAGUCCUCGGCGGCGGCUACCAACCGCCCAUUCGGCACCGCUAAGCCGACACAACCGCCGGCUUCCCGGGCGCCCGCCCGCCGCGACCCCGAACUCUAGGCAGGAGGGAGGGGUCCGGGCGGAGAAGGACGCGGGCAGGCCCCUCGGCUCUGGGUCUGGGGCCGGGGGACAGAGGGCCACGGCCUGUCAGAGCCGAGGGGCCCAGGCGACUGGGGGACCCUGAGGCAACGCCGAGGGCUCGGCAGGGCCGCGGACACCGCCGCGGCUUGGUUUGUUAUUGUCGACUCCGUCUCUUCCUCCGCGGAGCAUGCCGGGAAACGGCCUGCCGGGGGAGGGGCGCGCCUGGAGACGCAGAUAGGCGUCUACGCAGGUCCGGAAGUCGGCAGCCUGCCGGGAAGGGGGCGGCCCCGCCUCCGGCUCUUGGGCGGCGGGGCAUGUUGGCUGUCCUGGGCUGACCCUGGGAGACGCCGCUGGGGCUGCCUGUUAUGGUGCUAGCUGCCGUCCCGGCGCGUACUUUCCCAAGGUGAGUUUGACCUUCUUUGCGACAGCGAGUAGGCCCUGACUAAGGCCGACCCACCAAACUUUGGAUCGUCCCCAGGCGAAAGAGAGCUUGUCUCCCUCAGCCUGUCGCGGAGGAGCGGAGCCAGUCGAGGGCCUGGUGUCCCCGUCGCCUCUCCAGGGGCAACCUGCGGACUAGGCCAACGUCUGUAACGGGAUAACGUACCAGCGCCUGGCCCAGGCGUUCCUGUCGCCACCUCCCCACGUAUCCGGACCGCCGGGACUGCACGCAUCUGGCAAGCGUCCCCGUGUUAACUCUGCAAGGGUUAGGCGGCACAUUUUUUUCUCAGACCAGGUAAGGCAAGAAAACAUCCAAGAGAGAAGAGAGCGAAGGCUAGGCCGAUCGGAAUGAAAAUGUAAACGCCACAACCACGUUUUCAGCUUUACAAAUACUGAAUCUUGUAGUGGGUCUAGUGGGUUAGCUGUUAGUAUGAGCACCCUAAUGGGUGGGAGACAGUUUCAGGGGACUCUUGCAUUUGUAAAGAUGAUCAGUUACAGGCAAUGACUUGAAGCCACAAGGCUUGAAUAUUAAAAUCUGAUGAGCAGAUGUUACAGGUAGAAUAAUUACAUAAUAGUUUUCAAAUUCCUGCUAUAUCCAGGAAUAUCUGGAAUGAGUAAAAACUUGGAUGUGCCUUCUCUAAAGUUAUCAGGGCUUCUGAGUUGUGUUUGUAAAAAUAAGAGGCACAAGAAGGCACCAAACUGAACAAAAUGUUAGGUGGAAACUGCAAAACGUUGGUUAGCAUGAACAAUUUCAGUUUUCAAUCACCCUGACCAGUGUCUGGAAGUUAGGAUUGAGAUGGGCUUGUUUUAUUUAUUUACUUUUAAAUCUGUGCUGCUACAUAUCCCAAACAAACCUGGUCCUUAUCAUCAUUGGCAAGCCAUUUUACUUACCCGGUUAAGCUGGAAUUUUAUUACACCACCCCAGCAAGAUAGAGCAGAAAAGCGAAAAUUAAGCAGUAAAUGGUUAUUAUGCCUUAGGGGAAGGUGUGAACUGGCAAGACGAGAGCCGAGUUUAGUAGUACAGCAUAGUAAUCAGCAUACAUAAAAUAAGUGGUGAGGAGGAGUUUGGCCAGAAAU